GGCCACCUAGGCGCGGGGCUGACCUGCGGGGGUGGGGUGGGGGGAGGGAGGUCGGGGCCCGGACCCACGUGGCGGCUGCUGCGGGGCUUACCCCAGCCCCGCCCGGAGGCGGCCCCGCGGCCCCGGCUAAGUAGGGCGGGCGGCCACCUCUGCCCUACUCCUUCCCUCUGCGUUCCGGGCCUCGGAGCCGCCGUGAGGAGGAUGAGUCCCUGGAGCUGGUUCCUGCUGCAGACCCUCUGCCUCCUGCCUACGGGCGCAGCUUCGCGGCGCGGGGUGCCCGGCGCCGCCAACUGCGAGCUCAAGCCCCAACAAAGUGAGUUGAAUUCCUUCUUGUGGACCAUUAAGCGAGACCCACCAUCUUACUUCUUUGGCACAAUCCAUGUCCCGUACACCCGAGUUUGGGACUUCAUCCCCGAGAACUCUAAGAAGGCUUUCCUGCAGAGCAGCGCUGUGUAUUUUGAGUUGGAUCUCACAGACCCCUAUACCUUCUCAGCUCUCACCAGCUGUCAGAUGCUGCCACAGGGCAAGAACCUCCAAGAUGUGCUCCCCAGGGACAUCUACUACCGCCUCAAGCGCCACCUGGAGUAUGUCAAGCUCAUGAUGCCCUUGUGGAUGACCCCAGACCAGCGUGGCAAGGGGAUCUACGCAGACUACCUCUUCGAUGCCAUUGCCGGAAACUGGGAGCGCAAGAGGCCUGUCUGGGUGAUGCUCAUGGUCAACUCCCUGACUGAAGUGGCCAUUAAGUCCCGUGGGGUGCCUGUCUUAGACCUAUUCCUUGCCCAGGAGGCUGAGCGGCUGAGGAAACAGACUGGGGCAGUAGAAAGGGUGGAAGAGCAGUGCCAUCCAUUGAAUGGGUUGAACUUUUCACAGGUUCCCAAUUUUAUUAAUGCCACGCUACUGCCUCAGGAGCGCAUCACUGCUCAGGAGAUUGACAGCUACUUACGCCGGGAGCUGAUCUACAAGCGAAAUGAGAGAAUAGGGAAGCGGGUGAAGGCCCUUUUGGAGGCGUUCCCUGACAAAGGCUUCUUCUUUGCCUUUGGAGCUGGUCAUUUCAUGGGCAACAACACAGUGCUGGAUGUUUUGCGGCGUGAAGGCUAUGAGGUAGAACACACCCCUGCUGGACGACCCAUCCACAGAAGGAAGAGUAAAAAGACCUCCACACGGCCCACUCCGUCCACGAUCUUUGCUCCAAAAGUCCCUACCGUGGAAGUACCGGCACCAGAAGCCGUAUCCUCAGUGCACUCAACGCUGCCGCCCCUUGUGUCCCGGCCUGGAAGUGCCGACCCGCCCAGUGAGGCCGAGCAGAAGUUACGGAAGAAGUGGAGGCGGCAACAGCGGAAGCAGCGACGCCGCCAUUUCAGGGAUCUGUGGGUCCACCUGGAGGAGAGUGACAUGGUCCCGCAACUCCAGGUCCCUGUCCUGGACAGGCAUAUCUCCACUGAACUGCAGCUCCCUCACCAUGGGCAUUCCCACCACAGCCAGAUGGUGGCCAGCAGUGCCUGCCUGUUUCUCUUGACUCCUGUGUUCUGGGUGCUGUUGCUGGCUGUCCAAACAGAGACAUCCCUCCUGUAACCACUGGAAGCACCAAGCGCCUGACUCCUUGGACUUGAAGAAUGGCCAUUCCUGUACUCCACAUUCUGGUCUAGCCUUGUUGGGCCCAAUCCAGGAGAAGAGACUUCUCCUGAAAAAGAAGCCCAGUGUUGAUUCUUCUUUCCAAGGAAUGUGACUUUGGAUUAUCCAACUUUGGGGGGAGGUGUCCAGUUUUGUAACAUAAUGAGUUGUGUGAAAAUAAAUUAUAAAUGAGUUGUAUGAAA